AUGUGGCGAGCUGGGGCCCAAGGCAGUAGUUGGUGGAGGAUGCAGAGCAGAGCGGGUGCAGGUGGGACGGUGUGGGCUAUUAUAUGUCGCAGGUUCUACACAUACACAGACAUGUGCAUCUACCAUGUACACACACACGGAGGGGUCAGGCGUUCGAGUCAGGCAAAGCAAUUUGCAGCGUCGCGGGCGAAGAUCAGAGGGCGGUCUGGCCAUGGGGAAGACGGAAGGCUUGUUCCAUAUAUCUGGCCGUGUGAGAGUUUGUUCCCUUAUUGCGCCUUCGCUCCGGACCGCGCUGAAAACGCCUGGGCUGGCCUUGGGCGCAGUGGGCAGUGUGUGAUUUGCGUUUGGGGGCACGAGUCGGUGAGCGACCGCUCUUUGCAAGGCGAGGCCUGUCAUUGGCGGAACCGCGGCCGCGCAGACCGCUCAGACCGCCCCUUUGCAAACACUGCCCAAUUCCGGCUACUGCUACCGUCCGCCCCGUUCUCUCCCGGCUGCCUACCACUACUCCGUACCCUACACUCCAACACACAGACACACACACACUCGCAUACAUGCACAUGCAAACCCGCCCGCCCGCCAGCCGAGGGUGCCACCCCUCUACGCCCUGUGACGCCAGAAGAAAAAAAUUUAAGAGAAAAAAAAGAAGACCAGGGGGAAACCUCCCUAAUUCACCGCGCCAGUGCGGACACAUGGGCAUGGGGGCGAGGGGGGUGGCGGUGGGGGGUGGUAUGGCCCCGCGAGUAUUGGUUUUUGCCGCAUACAGUAAGGGGUCAGACAGAGGAUCAUCUCGGGGAUCAUGGCAGAAGCAGAAGGGAGACCCUUUUUGCCCUAUGCCCUCGUAUACUACUGACUCUCCCCCACGCCUACGCCGCUGUCUUCACCCGCCGGCUUGUGUGGCAUGGGCAAAAAAGGAAGCACAAGCGCACGCCCCCGGCUGUCUGUCCGCUUCUCCGCCCUAGAGCGAGGGCACAGAAGCCAAUGAAUUCUAAUCCGUCCUAUGCAUAUGCCACCUCGUCCCGCUCGCCUGGUGACUCAGAUGGCUGCUGGCUUCGGGAGGUGACUCGGCUGGUUGUGCCAGCUGCUAGUGUAUCGUAG